CGCGUGGUGUUUGAACUGUUCGACGCGAAGAGCGCGCGGGCGUGCGAGAAUUUUCGAGCGCUGUGCGAGGGAAUGGGGACGUCGAGAGCGACGGGGCGGCGGCGGACGUACGAGGGGAGUCGAAUGCAUCGGUGCGUGAGGAAUUUUAUGAUGCAGGGCGGCGAUUACACGCACGGGAACGGGGCGGGGGGGGAAUCGAUUUGGGGGAAGAAGUUUAAGGACGACGCGGGAGGGUUGAAGCUGAAGCACGAUGCGAUGGGCGUGCUUUCGAUGAGCAACACGGGGAAGAAUUCGAAUUCGAGCCAAUUUUUCGUCACGCUCGGAGCGUGUAAGCAUUUGGACGGGAAACACGUGGUGUUCGGGAAAUGCGUGCGCGGGAUGGACGUACUGGAGAGAAUUAACGAUGAGUGCGCGGUAGACGCGGGCGGGACGUCGGAGGAACCGAAGGUGCCCGUCGUCGUCGCGGGGUGCGGCGUUCUC